UGAUGUGACGAAUAAAGGCACCUGGAAACGAAAGAAAUCAUUUAUACUAUAACCGUAAGGGUUAUUUUAGUAUAAACGUGAUGUUGAUAUGUGAUCAUAAUAUGGUCAUAACAUAUGUGGACGCAAGACAUCCAGGAGCUAAUCAUGAUUCUUUUAUUUGGAACCAAAGUGCAGCGGAACAUUAUUUUAAAUCAAAUUAUUUAAAUGGAAGGAGAAACACAUGGCUCCUAGGAGAUUCUGGUUACAAAUUACUGCCUUAUAUGAUGACCCCCUACAGAAAUCCAACAGAACUUUAUGAAAAAAAUAUAAUGAAAAGCAUUGUAAAAUUAGAAAUGUUAUAGAAAGAUGUAAUGGCGUUUUGAAAAACAGAUUUCGAGCAAUAAUUGGUUCAAGGGGACUACAUUAUAGUCCAGAAAAAACUACAAAAAUAAUAAACGCAUGUUGCACUUUGCAUAACAUUUGCAUUUUUUAUAAAAAUAACUGGCAAAUUCCUGAGAACGACAACAUAAAUGAUGAUGAAUAUAAUUUUUUUUCUUUUGAAACAUUUUCUGAAGACUCAACAGUGGCAACUUCUAUGAGAAAUGAAAUUUCGAGGAAUUUGUUAUAAAAUUAAUAUUUUUUUUUAAUUUAACUAAUUACUUAUAUAAUAAUAAAAAUGCAUUUUGUAAAUGCGAAAUCAAAAAAAUAUGUUUGCUUCAUUCUUCUUCAUAUUUUAAGUGUUUAAUGAUAUCCACCAAAGCGUUAGCUAUAACUUUUGAAGCAUCGGCAAUUUCUCUAAGAGCUUCGGCCUGAGUUUUCAUAGCAUCAGCCUGAGCUUUUGCAGCAUCGGCUUGAAUCUUUGAUGCUUCACUAUUACUUUUAGCAGCUUCUGCUUGUUUAUCCAAAAUAAAAAGUGUUUUAUUUUGUAUUUCCACCUGUUGACGUAAAAGAUGAAAUUUUUCUGCAUAGU